CGUGUGAUGACCUAAGGCGGUCUUAUUGGUGUAACCUGAACCUGUUGGUCUGCAUCAGGUAGAAACACGUGAUGGAAAAGAGGAUAAUCCAACCAAUUAGAACCCUGAAAGAUAAAGGAAGUCUGUUAAAAUCGAAAGUAGAUUAAUCAUAUUGGUCGAUGUUGCAACGUAUGCCUACCUUCACAAGAAACUAUGGAAGAACUUGGAAGGAUUCGCUCUAAAUUAGUCAUACUGUUAUUGGACCAAGAUGUCAUCAAUCUCCUGCGUUACCUUAGGGAGAUGAAUGUGUUGAAUGACGAGGAGAAGGAGACUGUAGAGGGGUGGAUGACAAGUGAAGACAGAGCACGUUGUCUCAUUGAUACGGUGAUGAAGAAAGGGGAGAGAGCAUGUAGUGUGAUGGUUGAUUAUCUGACUGAGAAGCCCCCUGAACUAUGGCCGACCCUGGGACUGACCCCAACUUCUGCUCUCAUCAAACUUGGAAGGAUUGGCUCUAAAUUAGUCUACACGUUGUCGGACCACGAUGUCAUCAAUCUCCUGCGUUACCUUAGGGAGAUGAAUGUGUUGAAUGACGAGGAGAAGAAGACUAUAGAGGGGAAGACGACCAGAGAAGACAAAGCACGUUGUCUCAUUGAUACAGUGCUGGGGAAAGGGGAGCGAGAAAUAAGCCUGAUGGUUGAUUAUCUGACGGCGAGGCAACCUGAACUAUGCUUAACCCUGGGUCUGACCCCAACUUCUGCUCGGAUCAAACUUCAAAGGAUUCGCUCUAAAUUAGUCUACAUGUUGUCAUACAACGAUUUCAUCAAUCUCCUGCAUUACCUUAGGAAGAUAAAUGUGUUGAAUGACGAGGAGAAGAACACUGUAGAGGGGAAGACGACCAGAGAAGACAAAGCACAUUGCCUAAUUGAUACGGUAAAAGAGAAAGGGGGGAAAGCAAGUAGCCUGAUGGUUGAUUAUCUGACGGAGAAACACCCUGAACUAUGCUCAACCCUGGAUCCGACCAAAACUGCUCAGAUCAAACUUGGAAGGAUUGGCUCUAAAUUAUUCGGCAUGUUGUCAGACCACGACGUCAUCAAUCUCCUGCAUUACCUGAGGGCGAUGAAUGUGUUGAAUGACGAGGAGAAGAAGACUGUAGAGGGGAAGACAAACAGAGAAGACAAAGCACGUUGUCUCAUUGAUACGGUGUUGGAGAAAGGGGAGAGAGCAAGUAGCCUGAUGGUUGAUUAUCUGACGACGAGGCACCCUGAACUAAGGAUAGGGUUUGGUGAGGAUCCGUCAUUCAGUAGCAGACAGGAGAGUCCUGGUCUGAUGUCCCCGUCUCUGCCCCUCGAAAUGCAUGAAGGCGACAGCGAGCUGGAACCUCUGAUGACGUCAGGCAGUAGCGGACAGGGGAGCUUGUCCAAGUCUGAGCUGUCCGGCCCUGUGGACUCUGAGUCCUCACUUCCACUUGAAAAGCUUGGUAGCACGCAUGAACUUGGAAGGAUUCGCUCUAAAUUAGUCGACAUGUUGUUGGACCAAGACGUCAUCAAUCUCCUGCGUUACCUUAGGGAGAUGAAUGUGUUGAAUGACGAGGAGAAGGAGACUGUAGAGGGGUGGAUAACAAGUGAAGGCAAAGCACGAUGUCUCAUUGAUACGGUGAUGAAGAAAGGGGCGAGAGAAAGUAGCGUGAUGGUUGAUUAUUUGACGGAGAAACCCCCUGAACUAUGGCCGACCCUGGGUCUGACCCCAACUUCUGCUCUGAUCAAACUUGGAAGGAUUCGCUCUAAAUUAGUCUACACGUUGUCAGACCACGAUGUCAUCAAUCUCCUGCGUUUCCUCAGGGAGAUUAAUGUGUUUAAUGACGAGGAGAAGAAGACUGUAGAGGGGAAGACGACCAGAGAAGACAAAGCACGUUGUCUCAUUUAUGCAGUGCUGGGGAAAGGGGAGAGAGCAAGUAGCCUGAUGGUUGAUUAUCUGACGGAGAGGCACCCUGAACUAUGCUUAACCCUGGGUCUGACCCCAACUUCUGCUCGGAUCAAACUUGAAAGGAUUCGCUCUAAAUUAGUCGACAUGUUGUCUUACAACGAUUUCAUCAAUCUCCUGCAUAACCUUUGGAAGUUAAAUGUGUUGAAUGACGAGGAGAAGAACACUGUAGAGGGGAAGACGACCAGAGAAGACAAAGCACAUUGUCUAAUUGAUACGGUAAAAGAGAAAGGGGGUAAAGCAAGUAGCCUGAUGGUUGAUUAUCUGACGGAGAAACACCCUGAACUAUGCUCAACCCUGGAUCCGACCAAAACUGCUCAGAUCAGGUUUGGUGGGGAUCCGUCAUUCAGUAUCAAACAGGAGAGUCCUGGUCUGAUGUCCCCGUCUCUGCCCCUCGAAAUGCAUGAAGGCGACAGCGAGCUGGAACCUCUGAUGACGUCAGGCAGUAGCGGACAGCGGAGCUUGUCCAAGUCUGAGCUGUCCGGCCCUGUGGACUCUGAGGCGUCACUUCCACUUGAAAAGCUUGGUAGCGCGCAUGACAAAGUCUAUGAAACCCGCUCCCCAGGGCAGGAUCUGUCAGAUAAGCAGCUCCGGGUUGUUGCACAAACUCUUGGACGAAGGUGGGAGCGGGCAGCCAUCCACCUGGGGCUGACGGACGAAGAUCUGGACGACAUCAAGAAAGAAGAGAUGGCUGAGUUCAAGCAGAGACGGAAGAUGUUGCUGCUGUGGAAGGAGCAAAGACCAGGAAAGGCAACAGCACAGGACCUCUUGAGCGGUCUGGAAGGGCUGAAGGUCCUACCGGUCAAAACUCGUCGGUCAUUGGAAGGACUGAUAAAGAAUACAUCUGCUGGUCUGAUGACGUCAGGCAGUAGCAGAGAGGGGAGCUUGUCCAAGUCUGAGCUGUCCGGCCCUAUGGACUGCGGGUUGUCGUUUCCAGCUGAAAUGCCUGGUAGCUCGCAUGCAGGUGAAAAAACCAAAAGGAAAAGCUGCAAUCGACCACCAGGAAAGGCCAAAGCAAAGGACCCGCUGAGAGGUAUGAAGGGUCUGGAGGACCUACCGGUCAAGACUCGUCAGUUUUUGAUAGGACUUGUACAGAAUCGUUCUAAACCUGUUAAGAAGGAGCCGUCAUGCAGUAGCGGACAGGGGAGCCGUCCUGGUGAGUUGUCCUCAUCUCCGCCCCUCAAAAUGCCUGCUAGUGACGGGAUGCUCGCAGGUGAAAAAACCAAAAGGAAAAGCUGCAAUCGCUCACCGGGAAAGGCCAAAGCAAAGGACCCGCUGAGAGGUAUGAAGGGCCUUGAGGACCUACCGGUCGAGACUCAACAGUUAUUGAAAGGACUUGUAAAGAAUCUAUCUAAACCUGUUAAGGAGAAGCCUUCAUGCAGUAGCGGACAGGGGAGCCUUCCUGGUGAGAGUUCCUCGUCUCUGCCCCUCAAAAUGCCUGCUAGUGACGGGAUGCUGGGAAAUAUAUCCAAGAAGACGGUGGUAAAGCCAAGGAAACCAAAAAGAGUGGAGCUUCGAAUGGUCCGUUGUGAAUUUGUGAAGACAGUUAAAAUCUCAGUUAUCAGAGGUCUCCUGGAUGACCUUUUGGAGCAGAAAGUGUUCAGUACUGAGGACAAAGUCUCUGUCAUGGAGAACGAGAGGAGCAGAAAGGACCGAGCACGGUGUCUGAUCGAUAUGGUGAUCGGUAAAGGGGAGAAAGCAAGUCGGAUAAUGAUUGCUAGUAUGAAGAAGAAGUACAAUGACUUAUGCUCCACCCUGGGUCUUAUCUCUUCUCCUGCUGGUGUGGGACAUGUAGACGACAAGACGUUGGAAAAGCAAAGGAAACAAAACAAAGGAAAUGGAGGCCGGAAAAUAAAUGGAAGUAAAUCUGAAGAAGUGGCCCAUAAGAAACCUUGCACGGUAGAUGUGUCAGACAGCAUCACUGAAACCCACUCCACAGGGCAGACUCUGACUGACAAGGAGCUCAUGAAUGUGGCCGAUACGCUGGGACAGGAGUGGGAGCCGACUGCCAUCCACCUGGAGCUAACGACCAAAGAUUUGGAUGACAUCAAGGCAGAACAUAGACCUGUGGCCAUGCAGAAGCUGAUGAUGUUGGUGCGGUGGAAGGGCCGAAGACCACCAGGAAAGGCAACAGCACAGGACCUGCUGAAUUGUCUGACUGACCUGAAGCACCUACCGGUCGAGACUCAUCAGUUAUUGACAGAAUUGAUGAAGUGCCAUAGUGAACUAGAUGGCUCUGUCCAAAGAAAACAGUGAAGAUAUGCAGAAUUACCUGAAACAGUGAAGCUGUCUGUGAAUGCAUCCUGGUCGUUGGGAUACGGCCAGAUGAUGAAAGAAAGAUUAUUCGAAAGUGUAAGCAGCCGUAAGAGCUAGGGUCUUGUCGAGUCCAUCUUUACCGUAUAAACUGUUUAAAUGGCACAAUUGCUCAUGCAGCUUUGCUCCACCAGUGGUCAAGAUGCACAUACUCUGCCAAGGCAUUAUUGAAGCGUUGGCAUCAGUUGCGACCCUGUGCUGUGUUAAUGUAACCUGACUCGCGACCACAGAGGAAUUUCGUUCCAACUAGCUCCACUCAUCCAUCUGGGAUCGCUCCCAGAUUUGGGGACCAGAUUUAAUGGUCGAGCCAAUCAGGACUGUCGGGCGGGAUUUGUAUAUAUGUGACGUAGCGGACAAGGGACUUUUUUGAUUCAGACAACAAUGGCGGCUCGCAUCGAGGAGGCAAGCGUCAACAUUGAUGAUGCUAUUUCAUCCGUGUUGUCCAAUCUAGCGAAUAUUCUUUCUUUAAAAGAACAUCAGAGAACGCUCUCAUCAGCGUCACGGGUUGGUUUCGAUGUGAGUGGUUGAAGUAGCACGUCAAUAAAGAUGACGGACAAGUGGUUUAUCCAAUCAAGGAUUUUUGUUAUGGCCCAUCCUUCUAAAACACCUCUCCAAUGGAUUGAUCAUACAUGGAUGAGUGGAGCUAGGUGGAAAAAAUUCAUCGGGCGAGAGUCAGGUUAGUGUUAUCGGCCACUUCCACAGAAAUUCAAAAUAGACAGAUUUAUUAAAUUCUGUACUUUUACAUUACAUUUAUUUAGCUGACACUUAAGUGCAAAGCAACUUACAGUAAUUGCAUUCCACAAUGGAAGAUGAAACCCAAAAAGCAGGAAUCAUGCAAGUACAUGAAAUGAGUUCAAUAAGGGAGCUUCUUUAAUUGCUAUAUUACAAAAAAACGAGAGAUGAGUUUUCAGUCUGCAGUCUUUUUCCAAAAGUCUUGACCUUGUAAAGUAAUCAUUGAUAUCAUGUUUAGAAUAGAUCCUCCUUCCUCUGCUAGUACUAAGCUGUUCCCCUCAGGUUACCUCCUAUAGACAGGUAUAGAUGGUUGUGAUCACUGAAACAACUUUUUUCUGAACAUUUGUGUUGACAUUGUGCCAAAGCAAGAUAAUGAUUAUUUAACAAUCCACUAGGAUUGUGUCAGUUCAUUGUUUUUAUAUAUAUUAUGUUAACUUUCUGAGCCCGAGCCAGGAAGGUUCAGAUGUCUGUUUGGGGAAAAAUAAAAGUGGGAAAGGUGGGAAAGGCUGCCUUCUUGCUUCAUUGUCCAACAUAUUCAAUAUCAAUUAAAACUAGUCUACUCAAGUAGGGCUAUUAGUCCCGUUCAGAUUAGUAAUUAUUAGAUUGACAUGGGUAUAAAAUUGCGCUCAAUGUAAAAGGACCUUUACUUGUAAGCUGUGACCUAUAUGCCCUAUCCCAAUGUCCGGACUCACAGACUUUGCUGCGUGUUCUCGGAAAAUUAUUAAGGCUUUAGGGCUGUCCCAAUGUCAAAAUCCAAAGGGCGUGAGUGUUUGAGUCCACACUUACCGAGCCCUUUCUGUGAGUCCAUAUCCAUGGUUUACAUAGGAAUGAAUGGGCGCCAUUUUGGAAUCCGUUAUAAUCAGUUUGUUUUUAGAAGUGGUGGGGACAAUAACCAUAAGCUUGAGUGUGGUUUGAAAAGUGCUGGGUACCCUUAUGUAAGCUAUUCAUCCAUUCAACGCUGCAUUACAAUAUGCUGUACAGUGUAUUGUCAGGUGUUGAAAUUAUUCAAAUACUGGUUCGGAAAAUUAGUAUUUGAAGCUUAAAUCAGUAUUCGGAGCUUCGUUAUUUUUUUUUUUCACGUACGUGACUUUACCAGAGCGAGGGAGGGAGGCAAACUAUAAGCGUCAGCGACACCAAGCAGAGAAGCGAGAGAGGUGGAGGAAGAAUAGAUAUCUUGUUUCCCUUUACUUUAUAACACAACAUUAGUGGGAUCUCUGGAGGAAAAGUAAUACUUAAAACCUUAGCUUAGUUGUUUGUUUACGUUCGCUGUACAGCGCCGCGCCAAUCAACUGGCUUGCUGCAGAGCGUGAGCGUCUUGGGAAUACCCGGUCAAUAUAAUGGAUAUAAUAUGGACACAUAAGACAAUCAAUAUUCUGUAUUUGUUAUGGAUUUAUUGUACAAAUUUCCUGAAAAGAUGCACGUUCCAGGAUGAAUUGAAAAGCUCCCGUAAGGACUGAGAUGGCAGAGAACAGCUGAUUUGGAACGGAGCAACAGCUGUUCGCUUUCACGGGGAAAAACGAAGGAACUUCAACCUACUUAGGCCUACUAAUUAAUGUUCAAAAGCUAUUAAAUCUUCUACAAAAUAUGCAGAUACUGUCAAAAUCGGUUCCAGGGAGUAUAUAAGGAUUAUUAAUGUUGUUUUUGAUGGUGUUUUUUUCUGGAACGAGUAUUCGAAUAUUCGCUCGUAAAAACCAACGAGUAUUCGAAGCCUGAAAAAUGGCAUUCGGGCCAGCCCUAUGAAGAUCCUAUUCGAACAAUAAAAGUUGAAAACCACAGUUUGUGUUUUGGCUUGUUUUGCAAAACGGCGUUGGAAACACCAGGGUAUUGGCUCGGGAUAUGUAGGCCUAAUACUAAUACACACAGGACAAAGAACAGUGUUGGCAAUUUAACACUUAUCUUGACUUCAACAAAGUUUACCAGAAAAACAAUGCCAGACUGUGAAGGGGGUACGAAAUGAAACGAGGUACUGAGCAUCAGCCUUUUGAAGACGAGCAAGGGCUGCUGGUAGCAUAUGUUAUGCUGCAUUAAAAAAAGAAGAAAAAUACAAGCACCCAGAGGAGAAUUGCAUCUGCCAAAUCCUGACCACCAGUAAAUACUUGCGAAGGACCAAUGUAGACUUCACUCGUUACAUCAUAAGAAAAUUGUCCGCAAAUAAAAUCCCCUUCAGUUUAGGAUAAUCACACAGGUUAUGCGAGAACAUAUUUAUGUCAGGAUAGGCCUACCGGGCUCCAAGUCGUCACAUAUCUCAAUCAGACAAAACCCACUAUAACCACAUUGGCAUAGCAAUCGCACCGUGUGUAGCUGCUACUAGCUGCAAUCUAUAUAUACAAUGCAUACUAACUGGAGCACCAACCAGAAUCAGAUCAAAAUCGCUUAGGACCGUGGGUAACCUUUGGCCAGGUCAUCACGAUUCACGAGCAAACAGAACCAGCAGCAAAGUUUACGUAAACCAAUUUCUUACCUUAUGUGGCCCUCCACAUGCAGGCUAGAUGACGUAUCCAUAUCGAUAUCCAGUGUCACAAACAUGCUUUUUAUAGGAAGCAAAACGGCUAUAUUCUGAAUAAAAAUGUCAAUUUUGGCUGUCUGUCUUGAAACUUCUCCAGUGCGUUCACACCAAACGCAACGGGACGACAAGAUCCCAUACAAAGUGAACGUAUAGAGGCGUAUCGGGCGAAUUUUUUUGAUUUGUCGCGCCACACUUUCGCCGUGCACAGGCGAGCGCGUUCACGAGGAUUUGUGGCGCGACAAAUUUAAACUUUGACACGAAUUUCGCGUGAUGACAGCCAAUCAGCGUUCAACAGCGUGGCCACUGAGUGACAUGUGUAACGUAACAGCCAAUCAGCGUUCAACCGUCAAACUCAGCGCAGUGCAGUCCGGGGUGUACUGCAGCAUGGAGGAGAAAGUGAUUGUUGCCGUUUGCGACUCUCGGAGCUCUAUAUAUUUAAGCAAUAGAUCACGCCAGGCUGUGGUAUGUGCUCAUUAUACCACUGUUAAGGGGCGUUGUCCGGCCCCGACGCGCAGCGGAGGGCCGGCGACCCCCUUCACAGUGGUAUAAUGAGCACAUGCCACUGACUGAAGUGAUCUAUUGCUUUUAUACAACGGUUACUGUUAUGGCGAAACGAAAGUCAUAGACACACUACAUUUAAAAAGAAACCAAGAAAGUCAAAGUAGCCGUUUUAUUAAAGACUACCAAAAAGUAGUCCCUCCUGGCUGCCUUCAAAAUGCACGACGGUCGCUAUGCAACACACUUUAGCGUCCCUCCGAGAGAACGGUUGUAACGGUUUCCACUUCAAGGCGCAGAGUGAUACUUUCACAAAAUGAUCGGGCGUCAUAGCAGUUACGUAUACGCUUAUUAUACAACAGUUAGGAACCAAUCAGAUCGCUGGAUUUAGGCCCCCCGUUGUAUAAAAUAGUAUAUAAUAUAAUAUAAUUGUAUAUAUAAUAUCACAGCCAAAAGCUCUGUGUGCCUCCGGAUGGCCGUAGCGCGGGGAGCUCAUAGGGAUUGGGCUUCUCGGGAGUCGGGGUUUGUUUACCGGCGUUGCUAUGGGUUCCGGUCUUGUGUGUUCCAACGAUUUAUUAGGUAGGCCUAUCUAAUAAAUGAUGUCUUCGAGCGCGCCUAUCGCAUGAUUUUAGACUCGACGAUUUCGGUUUAGUAUGUGGGGAUUUUUU